AUGGACGCCACUGAGCUUUCCGACGAUCGCGUUGCGGAGAUUCAGAAAGCAGUUGGCAAUCCUUGGACUAUGUCUCCAGACGAGUACUCGGCGAAGUUGAAACACGAAACUGGCAGUGACGAAAUGCUCGAUCAGUUUCUAGAGAAAGCAUGCAAGUUGGACAGAGAAUCGCCUCGUCGUUCAGCCGAGGAUUGGCUCAAGCAGCUUGCUGCUAUGGACUUUAGGAAUGUCGGUCCUAUUUCUAAGCAUCACUUUGGCUUGACUAUCGAUAGGGUGGACAGAUUUGAUCUCGGCACCGAUGGCGAGGAUACGUUUGCAGUCGCAACAAAUUCUGAGGCUCUGUGGACGCAGGAGGCGGAGCUCUCACCACUAUCACCCUCUGCAGACAUUGAGUCUGGCGACUAUCAUGCCCAUCCUGCGUUGAUCUCUCUGCAGAAGAUUGAAUCCUCCCCUUCUCGCCUUGGUCCGGAGCCUUCCAACACUGGUACACUCACAGCCUCUGGCAAACAGCUUCCUUCUCUAGUCAUGCCCAUCGGGCAGCUACAGAUGAAGUCUAAGGAAGAGACGGAUGAAGACUAUGUCGACACUGAAUAUGUCCUCGUCAUUGAUGCCACCAAGACUAACCAUCCUGUCUGGCUGAUCUAUGACCGAAACGCGUGCGAUGACUUGGGUGACCGACGCCUCAUCGAUCCUGAUCAGGAGCCCGUGGUCUUCGAGAAACUUGGAAAGAACUUUGAUGCUAUGCAGGUUAUGCCAAGCCUCCAAUGGUGGAUUCUCUACUACGGAAAGCUCGACUUCGCUAAGAUGCUGAAGUCGAUGCAGGCAACAGGCAUCACAGGACCAAUCCAGGCUAAGGAGCUUUCCCUCUCGGAGGCUAAGAAGAUUCUUGGGUAG